GUUUGAUACAGUUAAAUGAGUUCCCAAAGGAGAUGAUUAGGUGGUUGUGUGGUUGUUUUGUUCCUAGCAGUCGCAUGUCUGUUAUGCCGACGGGAAAGAAGUUUCAGUUGACUGCAAAUGAUGUUCAUUAUGUUUUUCAAAUUCCAAUUGGUCCUCUACCUGUUCCUAUUUCUAAUGCUCACGCAGACAGUGAGUUGAAGAACACUUGGAAGGAUUUAUAUGGGGGUGCAAAGCAUGAAGUAACUGUUCCUCAAUUGGUUGAAGUUAUGACAAGUAAUGAAGGAAUGCGAAUGGGGAAUGAUGAGUUCAAGAAGUGCUUUGUAAUGUAUUCUAUGAUAACUUUGCUUGCUCCAACGUCUAAUAGAAAAGCUGAUUUCAAGUUGGUUUUGGCUUUGGAAAAUGUUCAUCUAUUUCAAGAUUACAACUGGUGCCAGUAUGUUUUGGAUGACUUGGCUGAAAAAUUGUCAAGCUAUUCUGCAAAUCAAAAAUAUGUUCCUGGUUGUUUGUUGCUGUUGCAAAUAUGCUAUUUUCAUAGACUGCGAUCUCGGGGUAAUGUUUUACCUUCUACUUUGCCCCUGAUUCAGCAUUUGAGUGAUAAGGAUUUUAGGAGUCGAUUGGCUGAUGAAGAUAAAGUCUAUGGUAUGGCAGAUCUUGAUAAAGUUACAUAUCCUGUAACGAAGAUAUCCAAUAAUAAUUCAAAGGUAUUAGCUAUUGAAGCUAAAAAGACAGAGGAAAAGAUAGACGAGAUGAAAUUUUUGGAAAAUAAGAAAUCUGCUGUUGAAGACAAUUCUGUAAAUGAUUUUCCUCGGGUUGUCACAUUCAAUUUGCCGGCUGGAAUUGAAUCAAAUGAAGAAAUUCAUAUGCUAGCAAAGAAUGAUGUUGAAGAGAAGUACAUGCUGAUCAAAAGAGAUUUAAAGCUAUUUUCUCACCAAUUUGAACAACAUAUUCAGUCUGUAAGGUUACAAUCUGAAGCUGUUCAAAUUGAUUCAAAGCUUCUAGAAAAAGAAAGGUCUCCUGUUUUAAGUCAGUUGGAUGCAAUUUUUAAUGAUUCAUCGUUUUGGGAUCAAAUUGACAAGAUUACGAAUCAUGCUAUUGCAAUGAAAAAGUUAGAAGAUGAAUUGCCUUCUUUUGCUCUGUUUUCUUAUACUAAUCCUCAUCUGUAGAUGCCUAUACCGCCAAUACUGGGUCAGAACAAGAACAUUUUUACUGAAAUUAGUGCUCAACCAGUUCCAGAUAUUGAUAUGAGUUUGGGUGCUGAU